AAAAAAAAGAAAAACUUCAGUCUUGUUUAGUUUGGUUGGCUUCGUUAAUUAUUUUUUUUACGGUUUUAGUAACAAAGCAUAGAUCGGAAUAUCGGAUUACAUAAAUUAAAAUAGCAGUUAUGGCUAGCUCGAAAGAUCGUGAUGAACAUGUGGUGUUAGCACAUCAGUGUUACCUAAAGAAAGAUUAUACUUCAACUCUUCAACAUUUGAAUGAAUUGGAAAGUGUUGUUGGUACGAGUAAUAAACGUAUACAACAUAAUAAAGCUGUUGUUGAGUUCAUGGCGAGUGAUAUGAAAAAUUUGGACAAGUAUAAAAAGUCCAUUAGUCAAAUGACUGGACUAACACUACCAGACAUGGAGGUGAAGGACUUAUCUUCGCCAUACUUAUUAUACAAUUACGCUGUCCUGCUGUACCAUUCUCGUUAUUAUUACCAAUGCACUGUGAUAUUAGAUAAACUUCUGUCAUCUAAAACAAUCAAAGAUGCUAAACUUUUACAACAAGUGGUACUGCUCAUGUUGGAAGCUACAUUGUGCAGGAGAACAUAUGAUAAAACACUUGAGAUAUCCAAAAGCCACGGAGAGCCAUUGAAAAGUAAUAAUGAAGUAAGUGAACUGUUUGAGAGGUUGGUCAGCAGAGCACAAAUUCUAUUAGGACAGAAAGUAAAGCUAAAUCUCAAGCCAGAUUCUAUUGAAAAUAUUUUUAUAAUAGCACAACAGCAAUACAUAAACGGGGAUGUAAAAGAAGCUGCUAACACUUUAGGACAGUACAAGUCUUUGAAAUAUAACUAUGAUCUGAAAUCUCAGGGUGAAGAUAUUUGGGCUGCAAUCAACAAUAACCUUGGUGUACUAUAUUUAUCAAUCAAAAAGCCUUUUUUAGCAGCAAAGUAUUUUCAACAUGCUGUUAAGGAGCAUUUCAAGGCUAUGGAUAGUGAGGACAGUGAAAGAUUAAUUACUUGUAAAGAUAGACCACUCUAUGUGUACAAUUUAGGGCUUGCUUUGUUAGCAGCCAACAAUGCAGAAGGUGCUUUCGAAUGCCUUGUUGAGGCUGCUCGUCACUAUCCUAAUAAUCCACGGAUUUGGUUACAUUUAGCGGAAUGUUGUGUGAAAAAAUGUUGCAACGAAGAAGCCCUACAAUAUACAGUAAAAAAGUUAGGCAGCGGUCCGCACACUAGGAUAUUACUAUCGAAGGAAAAUAAAGAGAAAUAUUCCACAUCCGGUGAAUCAUUUGCUAUACCAUCUCUCUCAUUAGAAUUUGCAGCUCUUUGCCUAAGAAAUGCAGUGACACUGCUUCCUAGUCAAGAGCCUCCAUCAGAUGUGACAGGACCACUUAUCCAAGCACCACCUGGGCCUCCUAUUAACUGGAAGCAGAGAUGUGAAUUGAAAAACUCAACAUUAGUGUUGCAAAGUUAUGUAUUACUUCAUUUACAAGAUCCACUAUCAGCUCUUGUGAGUGCAAAUGAACUAUUAAGUCAAGUAGAUGUGUCAAGUAGUCACAAAGCAUGGGCACACAUAUAUGCAGCAGAAGCAUUAAUAAAUUUAGAUAGAAUAACAGAUGCUGUGGAACAUUUGAAUCCACCAAUGAUUCAUGACCUUGUAUCAGUGCUGCCAUAUCAAAUGAGAGAUAUGAUUGCUGUGUCCGUUUGGGCCAAAGCUGCAGUUUGCCACAUUUUAAGAAGAGAUCUUGUCACAGCCAGGAAAAUUUUGAUGCAAAUAACUUCUCCCCGUGUUUUACCUUUGCAAAUGUAUCUGGAAAUUUGUACUGGGAAUAUAGAAAACUGCCAUACGAUAUUGCGAAAAUUGCGCCUUUCGAACUUACCCUAAUAUUGUUUAAAAAAUAAAAAAAAUAGAAUUAAUUGUAUAUAUAUUAAAUUUACCUUAAAUGUUAAUAUAAUCUACAGUAAUCCAAAAAUAAAUUGUUUUACUUUUUUGUAGCAUGAGUUACAAUUGGACGUAGCUAAGGAGGGGGGAAGCCUCUACCUUCUCUUCUUCAUUAAUGAAUACUUGACCAAAUCUCCUAUGAUGUUAUAUUUUUUCUUUUAACACUCAAAAUAUAGGUGUAGAGUUGCGGAAACAGCCAGCUGUACUACUAAGACUAACACUCCAAAUAUUUGCUUCUUAGGUUUUCACUCCCAUUAUAAUUUUUUUAAUUUUAUCUAUUUGUACAUGUUUAUAAGAGUGAGUGUGAUUAAAUAAAUCAAAGAGCUCAUCUUAUAUUAUAAGGCUUUAUUAAGGUCAGGAUGUAUGUAACUUUUAAUUUUCUUUGUAGAUCUUUCAGCAGGUCGUACAGAUAGAAGUUUACCAAAAAAGGUCACCUUAUAAUUUUUAAGGUACAUAUCAAAGACACUACUUUGCUUUGGGAUAGUUGUUAUUAUAUUAUCUAUUGACAAUAUUUUAAAAGUAUACCGGGUAUCCAUUAUGCAAAUCCCUUUCUUGCCAACAUAACUGGGGCAUAUUGAACGUACAACUUCUAACAUGCUGCCAUGGAAAUCUGCCUUGUACAAUGUUUGAGUAAAGAUUUCCCACCCCUUAGAAUAACGAUCUGGUAUACCAGACUGUUUUUCGGUUUCUAAAAUGGUACUUAUGUAAUCUAGCCACAUAUUAUGCAUCGGCAGAGCAUCUUCAUAUCUCAUACUUUUUCUAGGAAUGCGAUAAAAACCCAAGGCUUUCUUUUCCUGCCGGGUCAAAUUUUUGCUUUUCUUCUUUUUAGCUUUUUGCUUGAGGUUCUUGCUUCUGCGAUUAGCUAGAAUGAAGUCCUUCUUGAGCUCUGAUUCUACAUUAAGAAUAUCAGAUCUUCGGACUUGUGAUUUCAAAAAAUCUAUAAUAGCUUGGGAAGAUUUCCUGUCUACUUUUUCUUCUAUAGUUGAAGACAUACUUGCGUUGUUACCUAAUUUUAUAUGAUUCCUGCUAAUGUAGGUUAGGUUAAAACUUAGUUACGGUUGAUUUAAAUAAACAAUACGAUUGACGACUUGGUAGGUAGUUUAAUACAAGUUCUAUUAAAAAAGUAGAACAAAACAAUAAGAUUAAUCACAACACAAUGAACUGGUACCAUAUGAUUAAGAUUGCUUGUAUGUAUGAAAAUCACAGAUGUAAUGCAAUGCGCUAGCAUCUAAAGUUUGUGGUAGUAGUAGUAAUUCGCUUUCGCGCAGAUUGAUUGAUUCCAUGUAUUUUUUUUGUUAAGUUCUCUCUUUUCAGGGAAGGCAAGGGGAACAGUGCCCAUAGAGCCUAGUCUUAAGUUAAAUUAUUCUGUUUUUCUUUUUACAUUAGAAUGUCGGUGUGACGCAUUCUAAUGUUUCUUGAAGUGUUUGGCACGAAAUGUAUCGAUCUGGCUUUUUCGAUAAGCUUCUGUGAGGUAGUCAAUACUACAACAAAAUUCUCACGUCCUCUUGACCGGAAUAGCGUAUAUUUUGACGAUUCUACUGAUUCUUCAGUUACGCAGACAGUUGUAACACAAAAUCACACCAAUUUUAUUUCACAAUAUCCACUAUGAACGAAUUUAAGAAUAAUUAAAAUAAGACGCCAACCACACUCGAUGAAAUCCCGCCAAAAACUCA